AUGCUUAAAUAUCAAAAGCCAUAAGCUUGCUCUAAACAAUUAAUCACCUAAAUAAUUGAACGAUGUGAUAUUUUUGGUAUGCUACCAUAAUUUAGGAUUUUAAAGAGAUAAAAGUUCUCGACUCCAUUAGGUUAAAUUCUUACAUUAAUAAUGUGCUGUGCUUAUUUAUAUUACAUAAUUUAUGAAAUAUUGAAUUUAGCAAAUAGAUAAAGUCCAAGAGUUGUAUUUUCUGAAUUCCAACCUUCAAAUACGUCAGUAUGAAUUAUUAAUAUAUUAAAGCCGUUGUAUUUAACCAAGAAUAACUUUACUUUUGCAUUAACAAUAACAAAUCCAUAAUUAAGUUCAUUGCAAACUUUAAACAAAUACUUUACAUUAAGUGUUCAAAAUUGUGUAAGAAAUAGAUUUUUAAAUGAGGAUGGUAUUGCAUAAAUUGAUUACAAGUAAAAAAUUAAAUUAUAUCUUAGCUGUUCUACUAUUCCUCUUGAACCUUGUCAAAUGGAUUAACAUUUUUAAGAAUAAUAUUAAAAAGAUUAUUUUCGUAAAUUUAAACUUGAAUAUAUGUAUUGUCCUUAGAUUAAAUAGUGGGACUAAUUGGCUAUAGUAAAUUAAUGAUAAUACAUUUAAAGGAACUCUAAGGAUUUAGUCAAGAAGAUAGAUUUCAAUUUUUAACAGUAACCUUAAAUAUCUGCAAAAAUUCUACUGAUUAUUAAGGUUGUGCACCUUUAGAAGAAAUCAAUAGUAAAAUGUAAGCAGGAUUUUAUGUAUGAAUUAUAAUUAAAACUUUUUAGGUAUUGUACUUAAGUGAUGCAUUGAUUCAAAUGCAUUCUCCUUCUAAACCUUAUCAAGAUGCAAUUUCUGUUUAGUAUACACAAUUUUCAUUAACUAAUUCAAAAUCAAUACAUUCAACAAUCAAAGUUACUGAAACUAAAACAGAUUAUGGUAUUAUUAAGACCAAUUAUGUAAUGGAUACUGCAUUAUCAUAAUCUACUAUUAAAGAAGAUAGUUCAUAAUAUAAUCAAUAGUAUUUGGUUUAAAAUUCUAUUUUUCUAGAAUAAAGAAGAAAUCUAUAUGAAAGAAAUUAUCAAAAACUUUAUACAGUAUUGGGAUAAGUUGGAGGUUUAUGGUAGAUUACUAUUCUUUUCUUAAAUUGUAUAUUCUAUCCUAUAUUGUUCUCUUCAAUGAAUUUAGCUAUGGCCAAUAAGAUUUUUAGAUUCGAAAGCUAGGAAUCCCUUGAUUUUGAUUUAUUGUCAGUUGCCAAAUCAGUUCCAAUAGGAAGUCAACUUAAUAAAAGUGAAGUUAGAGAUAUUCAAGAUGAAAUUCUUAAAUCAGAUAAUAAUUAAGUAAGGAAUCCAUUUGCUGAAUUUUCAAAAACUUAAAGAGAAAUUAAAAAUUUUUUAAGAAAAAAAAAGUCUUCGUUAAAUUUUACUUUAUUUGAUAAUAUUAAAUUCUAAUUUGGUUGUAAGAAAGAUAAAUAAAGAUAAUUAAAAUAUGCUAUGAAUAAAAUAAUUAAUAAGUUAGAUAUUUGUUAAUUGAUUACAAAAUUCAAUGAAUUAGAUAAAUUGAAACAUAUCUUAUUAAACAAAGAUCAAUUAGCUUUAUUUAAUUAUAUUCCAAAACCUAUGAUACCUUAUGAUAUGUUUGAUGAAGGUUUUGAAAAAAAAAUAAAAAAAUUAGAGUAAAAAUAAGAAUAUAAAUUUAUUUUGGAAAAUGAAAAACCAGAUGUACUUAGAUUAGAUGAUGCUUAUGAGGCAUACUCUAGAGUUAUUAUUAAAUAGGAACUAACUUCAAUAGAUGAAGCAAUUCUAUAAUUUAUGGAUGAUGAUAUUAAGAGAUUAUUUUCUAGAAUACACUCUAAUUAAUUCGAAAUGAUCUGUCAAAAUUUUUAAUCGUCAUAAUUACUUAUGAGAAAUAAUACUGAUAGAGUUGAAAUCUAAGAUGAACCACAUAUUCAAUUAGUAUUUGGUAGUAUUACAAGCAAAUAAUAUUGA